CAUCGCGCAACUGAUCUGAUUAUUCGCUCGUUCCUGUCUAUCUCGUCGUUCGCUUUGACUCCCUCCCGCUCGCUUCUCUCAUACUUUCGAAAGAAAGGCAAAAAGUAAAACGACCCCGGGCCUAUCCACCUACCUACCUCCAUCCAAGGCCGCUAUACCGUCUUGGGAGGGAAAGAAAUAAGAGAGAACGGCAGAGACGACGACGACUUCGGAACGCGAAGCUACCCGCAAAAUGUUCUUCUCGCGCACCAAGACCGUGGCCGUGUUGGGCCUCGCCGCCAUCUCGGGCGCGGCGGCCGGGGAAUACCCGUCGGAGGGCUACCCGGCGGAAGGGUACCCGGCGGAGCCGGUGCAGCCGCAGGGCAGCAGCAGCGUCGCGGUGCUGGAGAGCUCCGCGCCGGCGCCGUACGCGAGCAGCAGCGCGGUGCCCUCGGUCGCGGCGGAGCCCAGCGCGCCGCCGCGCGUGUACUACAGCUACUUCAACACGACGGUGACGACGACCGUCGUGGUGGAGGCGCUCACCACGGUAUGUCCGCUCGCCACUGUGCUCACCUACGGCGACGUGCCCUACACCGCGACCGAGGGCGAGACCGUCACGGUCGAGGGCUGCCCCUGCACCGUCGAGAAGGUCAUCCCGACCCUCGCCUCGACCCCGUACCCCCCCGGCGUCACCCCCGCCGACGUCGCGCCGGGCCCCGUCUCCGAGCGCCCGCACCCCUCGCCCUUCGCGACGCCGUAUCCCGCUCCGGCUGCGCACCCGAGCCCCGCGCCUCGCCCUGCCCCGGCCCCGGCGCCCGCUCCCGCCGCCGUCUCGCCCGCCGCCCCUUACCCCGUUGCGCCCCACCCGCAGGGCGGCCACGCCGCGCCCACCGCCGGCGUCCCGCGCUACAGCGCCACCCCUGCCCCCCAGCCCUCCCACAUCCAGGUCGCCGGCGCUCCAGUCCGCUCCCCGACCGGGCUCUUCGCCGCCUUCGCUCUGUUCCUCGGCGCCCUCGCCCUGUGA